GGAAGGGAAGGAGGCAGAAAAGAAGGAAGGGAAGGAGGCCGGGAGGCAAGGAGGCACGCCCCUCAGUUCCCCAAGGAGAGCUAACUAGGGCUCCACGGCGAACUCUGGCCCCCGGGCGCCUCCAAACUCCGCCCCCUGUUCCCUAGCUCGCUGUCUCGGUCUGUGCGUGGCUUGCUCUUCAGCUGUCUACGGCGCUGCUGCCCAGUGCCCAUUGCUUGGUGCCUGGUGCCCAGCGACUCCGGCUUUGCUUCCGUGGGAAGAGCGACGGGGACUACCCCUUUUCGCCCUCAAGGGACGCAGAGAAAAGACAAGGCGGCACUUGGACCCCCCAAGCUGCCAAGGGAGAUGGGGGCGAGGGCCCCAGGCCCCCCCGAAGCCGCAGCCGCCCAGCAGUGUCCCAGGUAGCAAGCAAAAGCGCGCAGAAACAAAGUUGAGCUCCCCAAAGAAAGAAGCAGCGGCUCCUCAAAGAGCCGGAGCAGCAGAGAGGGACUGAGGCGGAGGGGAAGACGCAGCCGGAGCCGGAGCGGAGCGGAGCGGCGUCAGAGACGGAGACAGAGAGGGACUGGCAGUCGGAGCCGAGCCGCGCGCAGCCGGUGGCAUCCAGAGCCGCAGCGGAGCCGGGCCGGCCAGCUCCCCGGAGGCGUGCCCCCCGAGGCCCCGGGGAGCGGCCGCUUGGGACGGGCUAGUGCGGGCGCACUGUCUGCCGGCGCCGUCAGGGCGUCCUUCCCCACGAAUGCCAAGGGCAGGCUAGGGGGCCCCGCUGUGCCCGCUGCGCCCGCUUGGGCAGUCGGCCCUACCGCCGCCGCCGCCGCGCCUUCACCAGCACCAGGAAGCAGCUGGCCCGGUGCCCGGCGCGAGGCGGAGGAGUCUGGGACGGGCGAGCCCGAUGGGAAGGCGCGGCCGUGCGUCUGGAGAGCCCGGUGCGGCCCAUGAGGGCGAGCGAGCCCCCUACGCCCCCUUCACCCUUGCCCUCUCGCUCCCCUUGCCCUCCUCCUGCGCUGCUCCCCCGCGCCAGUUCUGCCUCUGGGCAGAUGCUCCUCCCUGGCUCUUUCUUGCCGCCGCUGCUCCCUUGGCCUCGUGAGUCGGCCCAGCCAUGACAGACGUGCUGUGGUCAGUGCUCCCCAACGGGACUGAGGUCCCUCCCUCCCCGGGCUGGUCCUCAGGCAACGCCACGGUCACGGCCGCCAGGUGCUCGCUCACUAAGACUGGCUUCCAAUUCUACUACCUGCCCGCUGUCUACAUCCUGGUCUUCAUCACGGGCUUCCUGGGCAACAGCGUGGCCAUCUGGAUGUUCGUGUUCCACAUGAAGCCCUGGAGUGGCAUCUCCGUGUACAUGUUCAACUUGGCCUUGGCCGACUUCCUGUACGUGCUCACCCUGCCCGCGCUCAUCUUCUACUAUCUCAACAAGACGGACUGGAUCUUCGGGGACGGCAUGUGUAAGCUGCAGCGCUUCAUCUUCCACGUGAACCUCUACGGCAGCAUCCUUUUCCUGACCUGCAUCAGCGUGCACCGCUACACCGGGGUGGUGUACCCGCUCAAGUCCCUGGGGAGGCUGAAAAAGAAGAACGCCUUCUACAUCAGCGCCCUGGUGUGGGCCGUCGUGGUGGCCGGCAUCGCCCCCAUCCUCUUUUACUCGGGCACGGGCGUCCGCAUCAACAAGACCAUCACCUGCUACGACACCACCGCCGACGAGUACCUGCGAAGCUAUUUCAUCUACAGCAUGUGCACCACCGUGGUGAUGUUCUGCAUCCCCUUCGUGGUCAUCCUGGGCUGCUACGGGCUCAUCGUGAAGGCGCUCAUCUCCAAUGACCUGGACAACUCGCCCCUUCGGAGGAAGUCCAUUUACCUGGUGAUCAUCGUGCUGACUGUUUUUGCAGUGUCUUAUCUUCCCUUCCACGUGAUGAAAACGUUAAACCUGAGAGCCAGGCUGGAUUUUCAGACUCCAGGAAUGUGUGCCUUCAACGACAGGGUGUACGCCACUUACCAGGUGACUAGGGGGCUAGCUAGUCUCAACAGCUGCGUCGACCCCAUCCUCUAUUUCUUGGCGGGAGACACUUUCAGGAGAAGACUGUCAAGGGCCACCAGGAAAGCUUCGAGAAGAAGUGAGGCAAAUUUGCCAUCAAAAAGCGAAGAUAUGACCCUCAAUAUUUUAUCAGAGUAUAAGCAGAACGGAGAUACGAGCUUAUGAAUUGCCCAUACGCAAAAAAGGUUCCCAAACACCUCAUUAAAAAACAAACAAGAAAACCCUAUGGUGUAAUGAUAAACAGAGUCAGAAAAAAUUGAGAGGGAGGGUCUAGGGUGGGGAAACUAUACCACUUAGCAGUCAAGUACUUUUAAAAAAAUCCUUUUAUGAGUUUAGAAAGAAUGUAAGAAAUUAGAGAUCAGAAUAUUUUGAAGCAGAGAGGGAGAGAGAGAGAGAGAGAGAGAGAGAGAGAGAGAGAGAGAGAGAGAGAGAGAGAGAGAGAGAGAGAGAGCGCCUUCCCCCUGUACUAAAGCCUUUUAGGAUAUUUUUAAUUGGAUCAUGGUCACCUUCCUUAAGGUUAAAUAUAUUAAAAUAUUAAAUAAUUCAAUUUAUGCCGUUUCAAAAUUCUCCACUCUCAAAUAUACAUAUAUGCACUCACUUUAUAUUUGGAAUAUUUUUGCAUUUAUAAUUUCUCCUAAGAUAUAGGACUGUCUUAGACUUUAGGCUGUACACCUGUAGUUAUUAUUAUAAUUAUUAUCAUAUUUUACAAUCAACAUUAGCAUCCUACUGAUUCUCCACCUCCUCCAAAUAUUUAGGAUUAGUUCAAAUGAGAAAGCAAUUCUUCCAAUUCUUUAGGUAGAAAGUGAGCUGGCUCCUGGACUUUUUUUUGUUUUGUUUUUAUGAGUGUAAGUUUCUGGCUGUCUUCAGUUGGAAGAUGGCUAGAGAUGUCAUUGAGCUGAAAAUCUUGAAAGGUGAUGAUUUUCUAAAUCUAAUUUUCAGGAAAACUUCAUUAUAUUUUGGGUGCUAAAUGUUUGAUGGUGGAAAUCUGUAUUAAUUGUCAUUGUAUAAAGUACCAGAUUUAAAUAAUGAUAGCACAUAGGUUUUGUUUCAUAUGAAAGCUUAAGGUCUUGGGAUGUUUGAAAUCUCCUUAAGUAAACAUGCUGUUUAUUGGCAAUGUUGCUGUUUAAUGCUGUAGGGGGUUUGUUUUCCUGGAUGAAUACGUAUCCACAUCUGCAAAAACAUUAAAAAAAAAAAGCUGCUCUGAACUGAUGAUUUACAGAGCAAACUGACUGAAGUUGAAUGCACAAGUUAAGGCAAAGUGGAUCUGGGCACAGUUAGUGUUUGAGAGUGAUUGGCAGCCUUCCAAAAUCUGCAAGCUUCAGAUAUUAAAAAAAAAAAGAAAUGAAGCCAUGAGACUAAAACUUAAUUAUUGUCAUAUAGGGCUGUAACAAAAGUGCUGGUAAAAGGGACCUUUGUAUAUUAUCCUGAAACAUCUGGAACAGUAGGUAAAAAGGCAUAAAUUAUAGACUAUCUUAAAAUUUUGUGAAUUCCGUUUAUAGAAUGACAGAGCAUGAUCUGGCCUCACUGGUCCUCAUUUUUUAAAAUGGGAGAGAAAAUAUUGUAUUUAAAUACUUGAGGAUAUCCCUUGAUAGUAUGGCAAAGCAAGUUAAAUGAUUAAUCAUAGAAAUACUCUUUUUUUUAACUACUUCACUUUAAAGAGAUGGCUAGUGGGGAAGGGUGACAUUUGUAUUACAGGUUUCCUCUGGGCAUUAACGUGUCAAAUGUUUCAGACUUCUCUAAUAAUGCUCAUUCUGUGUUUUAACACGUUUUGAAUUCCCACUCAGUCCCAGCCCUAUAAUAUAUUUUUCCACUACAGCUGAACUGCAUUAUACAAACUCAGAGGUGAAUACACAUCCCCCAAGGAUAGUUUAAUAAAUUUAAUUUGCAGAGUGAAAAUGAACAAUUUUCUCUAAUGCGUAGAUUUCAAGCAGAGGCUGAUGUGGUCAUCAGUCAUUGUAUUCUUGAGGGUAUGGAGCAUGGGGUUGGAUCUAGAGGUAAACAUGUGGGACACAGAGUGAAUCAAUGCUGUAUUUGAGCCAUUGAAUAACUUUUCAGAGCUGGGAGGACCCUUUGAGGUCAACUAGUCCAAACCUCUCACCUCACCGCCAGAGAGGAAAGGUGACUCUCUUGGUUUGAAGGUUUGUCAAACUCUUCCAUGUGUCAUCUGUCAUCAUCUAUUUCUAGUUUUACAUGGGGAAAACAAGUCACCAAAAUGCACAUAGCAAAUCAGAUAUGGGUGAAAUGGAAAUAAACAUAGUGAUGUUUCAAACCUCAGUAGAUAUUUGCUAAGUAUCUUACAGCUGCAAAUUGAGAGAUUAUUCCUAUAAUUCAAGGCAGGAGAACAGAACAUAAAACACAAACUAUUUAAUGUCUAUUUAACCUAGUGAAUACUGAAGUCUAGUGUUAUCUGUAGCAACAUUAAAUAUCCCAGUGACAAAAAAAAAAAGGUCCAUGUCUGGCCCAAUAAGUGAUGUGUCUCUAGUAGCCCAAUUCUUGCAUUUCCUUUAGUGUCUUUUUAGAUCACAGGGUGUGCAGGCCUGUGCAUCAGGCUGCUCUCCGUGCUAGCCUAAUCCUACUGAAGGUAUCAACCCUGCAUUAUUUCAGGUCCUAGAGACCUUCCUUUCAGAGUAUUGUGGAGAUGGUAAUGGGAGUUGGGGGGGGGGGUGAAUAGAAGUAUCCUUUUACUAUUUGGAAUGUUUCUUUCAGUUUCCUACUUUAUACCUCUCAUAAGAGACCAUAAUAUCAUGUAAGGAAUCAUGAAACCAUGCCAAAAAUAACAAAAAUGCCCCCAUGGCCCAGCAGGGAUCUCUGGGAGCUGUGUCCACCCAGUUUGAAAUAAACUGGGGAUCAGGUUGAAGUGAUAGAUUCCUUUGGCUGCAGCAGGGCCUCACAAACCUCCCAAAGGCUGAAAGGACAAUUCAAGGGACCUGAUGAUGUAAGGUCUUAAAUUUUGAGUGUGGCAACAUGUAAGUGUUGAGACAAGUGAAUUUGUUAAUGUACUAUAAUUUAUCAGUUUACUCAAGUACUCAAAAGUGAUGUAAAGUUCUGAACCCAGAUGUUUCUUAGGACCUGAGUAGUCCUUGCUGAAAACUUGCCGAAUCUAUUUGCUCCCUGACCUGAAUGGGAAAUAAAUUGAGAAGACUUGGAGUGUGAGGAUUUCUAAAUUCUAAUCCUGCUUUGCCAGUCAGCUAAUCCCCUGGUGAGUUCAAAUUCUACAACCCAUCUUUCCCCUCGUUGUUAAAAGGGAAAUGGAAUAACUCCUCUGUCACAAGAACGUUUAAGAGUCUGAAAGAUGCUAAAACACAUCCAAUAUGCCACUAUUGUUUUCCAGAACUACUCAAUUUCAGGCACUGGUUUAGCAUUCCUAUUUGGAUUUCAACUGUGAUGUGGAAAUAUGCCCAGGAAAUCUGUUGAAACUACUAACUUUCCUCCUGUAGGAUACUAAACUGUCUUUGGCUACAAAGGAUUUCAUUAAUAAUGAGGGCUGGAAUUGCACCAACAGUAAAGGCUGAAAGUUUGAUACUAGUUGUCAAAUCUGACUCAUCCAUUAUGUCACAAAGCUUAAACUGUCUGGUCACCUUAAAGACAAUUACCAGAUUAUUUAUUGAUAAAGCAACUGCAGUCCAUUAAUUGUACAGAUAGGAUUGAAAACUUUCCCUGGAAGAGCAUUUUCUUUUUUGAUCCAGAACACUGAUGUGAAUUUUAUUUAUUAAAAUGUAUAUCCUCGGCAUAACAGAUUGCUGUAUUUGGAAUCUAUAAUAUAUGAGGCAUGGUGAAAAUAUGAAUAGAAACUUCAUAUAUCUCUUUGCUUUUCAAACAUCAGUAUCUUGAAGUACUGAAUUCUCUUUCUAUCAUUCUUUUUGUGAAAUUAUGAUAAUCUCUAAAAGUCCACUUUGUGAAGCUCGAUGUGAAAUUUUCCAUAAUAAUGUAUUCGCAUGCUCGCCUUUUAAAAUUGGAUUUCUGAUUUUAUAUAUCAAAAGUCAAUUUUGUGUCAAGUGAAUAUAGGAUCAUACAGCAAACAGAAAAGAUUUUAGUUUUACUGGGUCUAUAGGGUAUAUAUUUUGUGAGGUUUUGAAGUAAAAUUUAUACAACCAUUGUAAAGAAAUGCAUGAAAUCCAUUGGUGACCACUAUUUUUAAAAUGCAACAGGGUUGACCUAUAUUCAAAGCAGAACCAAAUCGUUGUGCUUUAACAAAACUGGUGGAGAGGCAUUAUAGAUGCAGCCUCGGAGUUUAAAGAGAGAUUUGGGAAAAUGGGGAAAAAGAUAGGAGAAUGCAGCUGCUAUAGUCCCCUGCUGCUCCAAUUAACUCUAUUCACAUUUUGCCUUAGAUGGCUUCUGCUCUCUAUUUCUUCAUCUAGUCAAAUAGCCUGCACUUGGUACUCUUCUCAGACAUAAUGUUUCUCACAGCUUAAGUAUCUUCACAACAGAUGCAAUCUUCUGUUCCUCUUAUGCAUCUAUGUUCAAUUGCCCCGCUUGAGCCUUCAUUUUAGAUGUAAGCACUUUCCAGAGUGAAAAUUGCAUGACAUGGCUGCUGAAUUCUGUUACAACUUUGAAUUUCUGUUAUUACUUUAUAAUAUAUAGCAUUGCCAGUUAUCAUGAAGGGAAAGUGCAUGAGUUCCAUGUUUAAUGUUAUGUGCAUUUGGAUUGGUGUAUUUCAGUGCUCCUGUGAAAAUGUUUAUUUUUAUAUUAUCUGUGAUGUAAUAUUGUUGAUUAAACCAGGUUUAUUUGUGAUGAA